GGCAAUUAUUGUUGGGAACUGCCCUCACUCUGCUUUUUGCUUCCACCACCUUCAUCGCGCAACAGAAAAAAACUACAGACAAUCAAGGCAUCGCCGUCUUCCUUUUUUUUUAAACACUUUUAAGCACAAUCCUCCCUACCUUUUACCAAUGGCCCUUAAACGCAUUAACAAGGAAUUGCAAGACCUCGGACGGGACCCCCCCUCAUCCUGCAGUGCUGGACCCGUAGGGGAGGACCUUUUCCACUGGCAAGCGACCAUCAUGGGACCGUCGGACAGUCCUUUUCAAGGUGGUGUAUUCUUCCUUUCGAUUCACUUCCCAACGGACUACCCAUUCAAGCCACCGAAGGUGAACUUCACCACGAGAAUUUAUCACCCUAACAUCAACAGCAAUGGCAGCAUAUGUUUGGAUAUUUUGAGGGAUCAAUGGUCGCCAGCGCUGACAAUCUCCAAAGUGCUGCUAUCAAUCUGUUCGAUGUUGACUGACCCGAACCCAGAUGAUCCCUUGGUGCCCGAGAUUGCCCAUGUUUAUAAGACUGACAGAGCACGCUAUGAGGCAACUGCCCGGGAAUGGACUCGGAAGUAUGCUAUGUAGCACUGAUUGCCAUGGUUGGGUGUUGGUUGCGUGAUGUAUAGUAGUUGAAGAGAUUUGCAACUUUUUCUUCAUUAUUUGCAUAACAUGACUACAUCCGACUUCGCCUAUAUUUGGGAAAGUUCUUUAUGCAAAGGACACUAAUGAGCAGCAUCGAAAGAUGGAUUCAUGAUACAAGGACUAGAUUUACUGGAUAGAGGCCGACAAUAAUGAAAUAAAAAACCAAUAUGGCUACCCUACAGGUCCACUACA